AUUUGAAACUUGUCUCGCUUAAACCCUCUGCAGUAGUUCGAGCCGCGUCUCUUCCGAGUAUUCAGAGCGACUAACCUAGACUCAAGUAGAAUCAGUGGUGUUAGACGACGGAUUCUAUUUGAGUCAGUUGCUAGCUGCUAUGGCCGGCUUGGAAUCCUCACAAAGCGUUGCCUCUGGCCUACCCUUCUGAAGCCGGUCUGCGUAAAGGAGCUUCGCCACCACGGUCUCUCACCGUACCACCGACCUCAGCCACUUCCUCUAUUUCAGCUCCAUCUAAUACGAUUGAAGCGGCCAAUUGGUCCGGUCGGCAGAAUGAGAGCUGCGUAAGGUGGCCUUGCCGCCUUGCGAGUUUUCAUUAUCACCUCCAUGCCCCCGUUUUGGAAGGAUUCGGACUGCGCCGCUUAUACCUCCAUAUGGCACGUGCGACAGGCGCACCACGGUCCGCUUCUCGGCCUCAUGUUCCCGCUCUCUGUUGUCGCUGGGAGACGCAUCGGCCCAGGCCAAGUUCGCAUUUGCAUGCAAUAAUCCAAAUAACGCGCUCGAGACCAAUGACGAAGCCCAUAUGAGUACAGGCGUCCCUUAUAAGUGUAAGAUAUCGGAAACCAAUCUUCACCAUGGUUUUCUUGCACACAGUCAGUCUCUCCCUCCUCUCUUUGGCGCUCUCUGCCCGGGCCUCCUUCCAGGACUUUGGCAUCCCCCAGUCUGACGCCACUGUCAAUGUGCGCGUCUUCGAUGUGGGAACGACCACAAUGGCCAAUGCGAUGGCGCUGUUUGUGCAUCCUGUGCUGACCGGCCGGGAGAACAUGACCUCGUCGAUGCUCUCGUUCUUGAUCGAGCACAACGGAAAACGGAUCUUGUUCGAUCUGGGGAUGAGGAACGACACCCAGAACUUUUCGCCCACCGUCGCCAGCUAUUUUCCCGGACUCGUCGCCAAACUCGAUGAGCCGAACGGGGAGAUCACGGGCAUUUUGAAGACGGCCGGAAUUCCUCUGAACACCAUCAACGCUGUGAUCUGGAGCCACGCCCAUUUCGACCACAUCGGAGACAUGUCCAAGUUCCCGAACAGCACCGAGCUGAUCAUCGGAUCCGAGACCGACAUGGAUACUUACCCUCAAGUUCCCACCGCGAGCUUGAAGGCUGAGGAUUUCGCCGGCCGCACUGUGACCAAGAUCGAUUUCUCAAAGGCCAACCUCACGUUCAGUGGCCUCAAAGCCAUCGACUACUUUGGAGACGGAAGCUUCUAUCUCAUGGAUACUCCUGGUCAUAUGGCGGGCCAUAUCACGGCGCUGGCUCGCACCACCAACUCUUCGUUCAUUGUCCUCGGUGCCGACACCUUCCACCAUCCCGGCGAGGUUCGUCCCCGUCCCGCUUUCCAGCAGCAGUACCCCUGCCCCGCCCAUCUGCUCGAGGACGCCAAGGCGAUCUCCACCGACUACUUCUGGUCGCCCAAGAGCAGCUCGGGCGUAUUCGACCUGACCUCGCGACCGGAACAGCUCUUCGCCGUGGCAGACACUGCAGGCUCGUUCUACGCCGAUCCAGUCACCUCGGAGAUCUCGAUCGUGAAGCUUGCGAACUUUGAUGCGGAUCCGGACUUUUUCGUGCUCGCCUCGCAUGACAUCAGUCUGCGCGGGGCGAUCCCUGUGUUCCCUGCGUUCUUGAACCAGUGGAAACAGCAGCAGCUGAAGGAGAACAGCGUGUGGGGAUUCCUGAACAAGUCGAGCCCGUCCUUCAUCUUCACGACGGUCUGACGGCUGAGCGGCGCGGUGGUUACAUUAUAGACAUAAAUAGACCCAGUAUUCCAAUUUUAUUUUCGCGAGGAUGACGAUCGGUCAUCGCUCCGACCUAGACCAUCAUUUGGAACCCUCUCUUCCC